CGCCUCUUCUUUCUCUCAAACAACCACUUCUGCACCAAGGAGAUUGAGGAAGACAAAUCUUGUCUAGAUCUUCAACAUGCAGAUCUUUGUCAAAACCCUCACGGGUAAGACUAUCACCCUCGAGGUGGAGUCGUCCGAUACCAUCGACAAUGUCAAGUCCAAGAUUCAAGACAAGGAGGGCAUCCCACCUGACCAGCAACGUCUGAUCUUCGCCGGCAAGCAACUCGAGGACGGCCGAACCCUGUCUGACUACAACAUCCAGAAGGAGUCGACCCUGCACUUGGUCCUUCGUCUUCGUGGUGGCGCCAAGAAGCGCAAGAAGAAGGUCUACACCACCCCCAAGAAGAUCAAGCACAAGCGCAAGAAGACCAAAUUGGCUGUGCUCAAAUACUACAAGGUUGAUGGUGAUGGAAAGAUCGAACGCCUGCGACGUGAAUGCCCAACCGCCGAGUGCGGUGCUGGUGUCUUCAUGGCCGCCAUGCAGAACCGUCAAUAUUGUGGUCGAUGCCACUUGACAUACGUCUUUGACGAGUCCAAGUAAACAGUUCAAUCGGAUCACAGAUGUAUAGGAUGCAACUGGCAAGAUCUUGCGUGCGACGUAUCGUUGCACGCUCAAGCUUGCAUUCUUCCAUAGACAUCAACUUACUCCGCUUUGGCUCCAUGUAGCAAAUGCCAAUACCAAAAUCCUUGAACAAGUCAA